AAUAAAAGCAGAUGACGGAUGUGGGAUCCAAAUCAUUCCCAAGUCAUACGUGCCUCAUAAACACAAGGAAAAUCCCCCAGGAUCAAGCCAUACAAGAAGAUUAACAGUACACCGCAAACACUGACCCAAACCAACACCAACAUGACUCUAACCAAAUCUAUCAGUUGUGCUGAUUUGCCUUCGCACAGUCAACCGAAAAACAACGCAGACAAGCGAGUAAGAUGGUCGAUCGAACUGGAGGAGAUUCGCUACUAUAAACCAGCCAAGAAUCCAAGAUCAAAAGUCCUUGGAACCAAGAUCAAAAACGCAAGGAAAAGAGCGUCAAUUCUAGCUGAACGAGCAGCAGUGAACUUUAUGAACAUUCCAACCAACGGGCUGAACUUGAUGCUUCGUAGUCGGUCAUCAUCGUACGUAAUAAACGACGCAGAAGAAGAUCCGAAUAAAGCAUGGGAUGAACUGUUUGAAUUAUAUGGCGGAUUAUGAACAUUGCCGGAACACAUCUAGCUAGUUACCGAAAGAACAGUAAAGGAGAAAUAUUUUACAGAAUAUGAAUUGUGACGGCAAACGUCCGCUGAAAACCUGGUGUUGUUAGUAAUCAUAAUAAGAUAAUGCAAAUACAGCAUUAUUUAUACAACUUGACUGCGAUCGAACGAUCACGCAUUUAAUACAACCAACAACAAUCAUUUGGCAAAUCAAACAAGCGGAAUUUAGAAGUGUUACUUGUAGCUGUAAAGAGUAUUGAAGCGACCGUCGCUCCUCUUCUUCGCUUACAAGUCAAGAUAACCAAAAACACCAACUUUGCAUGAAUAAUGAAUCAUGAUGGUGUCAGAAGUGGGUCUGGUCACAUCACAGAACUUUGCUCACCGAACAUUGACUUGAAUAUUUAAUAAUAUGUUCAUUUUUAGAAAUAUUGAGAGCAAGGGAUUAGAAUAUCCUCUUUGAAGUGUAUAUAGAAUUACUAGAUAUUUAUAGUGAAUAUAUUUUAAAAUAUAAUCUGUUUGUCGUAAGCGGUACUUGUACAUAGCUGUAUGAUUCUUGUCAACUGUACGCAAGUUUUUCAUGUUAAAGAAAAAUUCAUACAGAAUUAAAAACUGAUGUUACAAUAAUAAGAAUGUGACAUUUUGAAAAUAAAAUACUUUAUGUGAAGAUGAAA